AUGGAUUUUAGUCAAGAAGUAGAACGUGAUUCAAAAGCUCAUCUUUUUCCUGAUGAAGAUUCUGCUUCAGGAACAGAAACAUCUGCUGAGGAAGAUGAAAUGAACACUACUGCUCUCACUGAGAACACAUCCCAGAAUAUUAGUGUGAAUACCAGCAUAAUCAAAAAGAGAGAUACUUUGGCUAGUGUUCCGGGUGAAAGUGUUAAUCUUGAUAGUAGUUAUGAUAGGCAACAGCUCAUAAUGUGGGCUAGCGAAUUAGAAUUGGAAUUUAGGGAAUUCAGAAACAAGUCUGCAGAGAUUAAGUCGGCAAUCUCGAACGCAACAACAAGGAUAAACAGAACAUCAAGAGAAGUUGCUAAAAAGAUGGAGAUUAUAAAUAAGAAGAUAGCUUAUAUUGAGAGAUUUUAUCCAACUGAAGGUGUCAAAAGAACAACGGGACAAAUUUCCGAAGAAGCCAUUUCCUCAUUGAAUAAAACCAUCAAAUCAUUGGAAAGCAAAAUUGACGGCCUCGUUAAAGGAGAUUCUCCUGAGGAUGAAACAAAUCCAGCUAAAAGAACUAGAAGUGGCUUUUGCUACGAUAAGACUUCACCAGUAUAA